ACACAGCUAAGUGUUUUUUCUCUCUCUCUCUCUCUCUCUCUCACACACACACUCACAAACACACACACAUCCUCACUCUCUCUUCCCUCUCUCUCUGCCUUUCUGCACACACGCUCUGUAUUACCACAACAGUGAGGCUGCAUACAGAGGACAAACCCACCAGGAAAGCUAAUUUCAGAAGCAGGACUGAAGUCUGCCUUUUCCCUUAUCCCUCCCCACGCCUUUAUUCUGGACAUUACUGGCUACUGAGGAACUCUUGACAGGAACAAGGUUGCACAGCAUCAAUGGAGAGCUCCGAAGCCAUGAUUCAACAGGAGAGACUCCAGGCCAUAGCAGAAAAGAGAAAGCGGCAAACAGAAAUUGAGAACAAACGUCGCCAGCUAGAAGAUGACAGACGACAGUUACAAUACCUGAAGUCAAAGGCACUGCGUGAGAAAUGGCUGUUAGAAGGGGCACCCUCCUCCACAACUGAAGAAGAUGAAGCUCUGAAGAAGCAAAUGAAAGAAGAUGAGCAAAGAACCAAGGAGCUGGAUGAAGCUGUGCAGAGGCUGGAAAAAGAGCUGGAAUUACUGGAAAAUGGGCUUUCUGCAACAUCAACCAAGGAGAGCUUGGCAGAAGACACCGUCAGAGAAGAAGAAAAAGUAGUAGUAGUAGAUCAUGUCCAAAAGAUUCCUUUGAACUCUACUAAGGAUGUUCAUAUUCAUACCAGCCCAGGCAAAGCACGAGUGGAGUCAGAGCUGAUGAAGACAGCAAUGUAUUCAGUGGAGAUCACAGUGGAGAAGCACAGAGUCACAGGGGAGACUAAGGUCCUAUCCACCACAACACUGCUGCCACAGGACCUGUCUCAGCAGGGGGUCAAGGUGUACGAGGAUGAAACAAAAGUUGUCCAUGAGGUACGGCAAUCGGAUGGAGUGGUACAGAAUGGAUGCCAACUUCUCAGCUCUGAUGAGGUAGAAGAGUUGAUCCACAAAGCUGAUGAGGUGACACUGAGUGAGGCUUCGGUGGCAGUAGAGAAAGAUGCAAAGGGUACUCCAGAGAUCAAGGUGCCGAGCCCUAGAAAAACUCCAGCAAAGGAAAUUACAGGAGUGGCAGCUAAGCCACUGGAAAGCAUCAAUGGGCCUGAUGUGGCACAUGGGAAAGGAGGGGAAGAGGCAGAUGACCAGCCAGUCACCAUGAUUUUCAUGGGCUAUCAGAAUGUAGAGGAUGAAGAUGAGACCAAAAAGGUCCUGGGCCUGGAAGGCACAGUGAAAGCCGAGUUGGUAGUAAUUGAAGAUGCAGAGAAUAAGGUCCCAUCGCCUGAAAAGAUAAAACAAGACUCUGCUCCUCCAAAUGGGAAUCCCACUGAUCUUGCAGCAGAGCCACAGAAACAAGAGAAUCAGGAAGCUGAAAAGCCAUCUGUAAAUGACAAGGAGCCAGAAGGGGUCGGAAAAGAUGCAGAGAUGAAGGAAAAGCAUCCGUGCAAAUGUUGUACAGUCAUGUAACAUUCCUAACCCCUCCUGCUCCAAAGCACUCACAGACUUGUACAGCAAAAAAUCAGAUCUGUAGGUUCUAAAGACUACAAAUGACACUACAUUUUUGUGUGUUUGCUCUUUUUAUUUUUUACAAAUACAAAGUAAUCUUUAUUUCUGUAACGAAGUAUGCAGUGAUUAUAGCUGACCUAUGAGAAAUGGUCAGAAGAGGGAGCCAUUUGUCUAGUUUACUACUUCAGGCCUAGCUUAUAAAGUCUUGCUGCUGAAUGUAUGAAUGACAUGGCUAACCCACACUGAAUUUUUUUUUUCAGAUAAUAGUUUUUUCUAGAACAGCAUUAAAGUUCCUGUCAUAUUUUUCAGUAGCGCAACAGAACUCGAGCAGCGUAAGAAAUUACGAUAAAGCAACUGUUCUGAAAUAGAAUUCUGCUGUAAAAAAAUGACAUUACCCAUCCCCGUGAAAGCAUGUAUUAAAUAUCAGCUACCUAUGAAAAUAUGUAGGGGGAAUACCUUGUCGUCCAGACUCACAGGUUCUGUAAUCACUGCAUGGUCUAGUGUAUGUAAAAAAAUGCUAUGUUUACUAUAGGUGUUGUCUAAUUGAUGUGUACUAACAACCACUGAGUGACUGACUGAAAACAGCCAGCAAAAAUAAGAGCUGUUGUAAGAGCAGAAAGUAACAAAUAUCAUUCUAGGCUUGUCUGAAUCGGAGUUAGUCUGUUUCUCUCAAUACCCCUGCUUAUCCCCUUUACUACAAUCUAACUUAUAAACAAAGAGUUUGAUAUCAGUAAAGGGCAUUUUAUUUUAUAUAUGUAAAUA